AGAGGGUAGGUGAGUAAGGAAGUACUUACACCAUGGCUCCUACAAAGCAGACUGCCCGCAAAUCAGCUGGUGGCAAAGCACCCAGAAAACAACUGGCUACAAAAGCCGUUCUCAAGAGUUCGCCCUCUACUGGAGGGGUGAAGAAGUCCACUGAGCUUCUGAUUUGCAUACUCCCCUUCCAAGGUCUGGUGCGAAAAAUUGUUCAGGAUUUCAAAACAGAUCUGCACUUCCAGAGUGCAGCUAUUGGUGCUCUGCAGGAGGCAAGUGAGGCCUAUCUGGUUGGCCUUUUUGAAGACACCAACCUGUGUGCUAUCCAUGCCAAACAUGUAACAAUUAUGCCAAAACACAUCCAGCUAGCACGCCGCAUACAUGGAGAAUGUGCUUAAGAAUCCGCUAUGAUGAGAAGCAUUUCAUUCUCAAAACAAUUUUUUUUCUCUUCUUACCUGUUAUAUUGAUAGCUCUGAACGUUA